AUGAUUAAUGUUUACAGUGAUCAUCAGGUGACACGUGAGGAGUCCCAUGGUGAGCAAGAGGAUGAGUGGGCACUCAUUCCAGAUCACCACCAGAGAACUAUUCUACAUGUGGAUGUUGACUGUUUCUAUGCCCAGGUAGAGAUGGUUCGUGACCCAGGCCUCCGUGACAAGCCUCUUGGGAUUAAGCAGAAGAACUUGAUGGUGACCUGUAACUAUGUAGCUCGGUCUCUUGGAGUCAAGAAGAGUAUGUGGUUGAAAGAUGCUUUAGAGAUUUUACCCAGUUUGGUUUUAGUCGAUGGUUCAGAUCUUACUCACUAUCGACAGUUUUCCUCAGAGAUCUCUGCUGUUGCCCAGACAUUUACACCUCAUGUGGAAAGGCUCGGUUUGGAUGAAAAUUUCAUUGAUGUAACAGAUAUUAUAGGAGAUUACUUGAAUAAUUCUGAAAUUGAAGGUCAUGUGUUUGGUGAUAAAGAUGAUAACCAGGUGCAUCAUAGCGACCCCUGUGGGUGUGGGUGUUAUACAAGGUUAGUUGCCGGCACCCACAUAGCCAAAGAACUGCGGCAGCAGAUAUAUGAGACAACAGGCAUCACUUGUUGUGCUGGUGUAGCCCAUAAUAAACUUCUUGCCAAGCUUGUUUCUGGAUAUCACAAACCAAAUCAACAGACAGUUUUAUUUCCUUGGCAAGUUCAUGAAAUGAUGAAAUCUCUAAACUUAACCAGGAGUAUACCAGGUAUUGGAAGUGUUACAUACAAAGCACUUGAGGACCUGGGAAUAUCAACUGUACAACAACUUCAGAAUUCUGUACUUAAGUUACUUAUGACAAAAUUUGACCAAGAAACAAGUCAGAAGUUAAAAGAUUUAAGUUUUGGAAUUGACAAAACUCCAGUAAGGAAAAGUGGACGUCCUCAGAGUAUUGGGCUAGAAGAUGCUUUUCGUAAAAUAACUUGUAUUACAGCAGUUAGAGUUAAGUAUUACACAUUGCUGGAGAGGCUUCUGAAGCUUCUUGCAGAUGAUGGUCGCAUUCCAGCUUCACUUAAGGUAUCAGUUCGUAAAUUUGAUAGAGUUAAAAGAUUUGGACACAGAGAAACCAAACAAGUUCCAGUGUCAUCAUCAGUCUUUACAAUGGGUGUUAAAGGUGUAAAUGAAGAUACAAAAUCCUAUUUGAUGAAUAUGAUCAUGGGAUUGUUUCAUAAAAUGGUUGACACAAAAAAAGAUUUUCACCUAACUCUUGUUGGUGUUGGUUUCAACAAAUUUAUUGAGAGAGCACAGGAUGCACAAGCGAUCAGUAAUUUUUUUUCAAAACGUACUCGACAACAAACAGAUGACCAAAACUCAGAAUGUAAAGACUCAAACGUUACUAAACGUACCAAAUUUCAUCACUCGCCGACCAACAGGAAAGUUUUAGAAAGUUUUACAGCAGAGUCAAGUAUGGUCAGUAGUGAAGAAAACAGCAGUAGAUUCAGCUCAGAUGAAGAUUGUAUUGAAGAAAAUUUUAAGGAUAUCUAUGAGAACCCAGCUUUGUUAGGUACUCAUAUAAACUUGGAAGAGCUUGAUAACUAUAAAGGUGAUAAAGAGGUUGAGGAGGUAAUUGAGAAUGCUAGUGAAACUAGGAAAGAAUUAAUAUCUCCUGAGAUAAAAAUGUGUGUUAGUGAUGAUAGAAGUUGCUCAGAAAAGAGUGCAUGCAUCAGGUUACCCAAUGGUAUUGACAGAGAAGUGUUUAGUGCACUUCCUGGUGAACUACAACAGGAAAUCCUUCUUGCUUCUGAAAAUAAACAAAAUCCUAAAGUUGUAAAACAAGGGAAAGUGUUGAAACCUAAACAAACCAAUCAUAGAAAAUCUAAUUCUGUUAAUAGCAAAACAAUUAAAAAUUAUUUUAAACCUCAAGUUAGUGUAAGCUUCCAUAAACAAAGUAUUAAAGACGAGCAAGUACAUUCAAGUGCUUCUGUACAGGACUCAAAUAGUGAAUGUAAUACCCAUGAAGAUUUAAAAGCUAGUGAAUCUUCCUGUAGCUAUAGUGUUGUAGAGGGUUUGACCCCAAAACUAAGUGAUGAGAAGAAAGUAGAGGCACACUUACCAGGUGAAGGAAUAGAUCUAACUGUUUUUAGUGCUCUUCCAAAAUAUAUUCAAGAUGAAAUUAUUCAGGAGCAAAAAUGUUUGAAGGAAGCACCAGCCUCGCCACAACCUAAGGGAACAUUAUUAAGUAACGCAAGAAAUGCAGGUGGCCCAGUUUCUAUUUUAAAAUACUUUAAAAAACUGUAGAAAUUAAACAAAAAUAAUUAGUAUUUUAUAUUUGAACAUACUGUACAUAAAUUUUUCACUUGUAACUGAUAUUAAUUUGGUAAUACUAUAUUGUGAUUUUCAAAUUAUGCUUACCGGUAUGUAAUAAAGUGCUGUACAAUAAUUAUACAUUAUACUAUAACAAUCUUGACUUAGGUUCCCUACACAAUGUUGGAGAUAGAACACAGCCUUGUCUCACUCCCUGUCUAAUUGUGAACCAAUUACUGUAUUAAGUUCAUUAUUUACUAACACUGCAGCCUCCUGUUGCCAGUAAAGAUUCUUUAAAAUUUUAUAAUCUCCUUCAUUAAUGCCUAUUAUUUCCAAAAUCUCUAAGUUUAUCAUACUUUACCAUAUUAAAAGCUUUUUUCCGCUACAUCAGAACACUAAAGGUAAGCUAUGCUGAUAAAAAACAGAAAUACUAUACCAAUAUUGCCUCAACCAAAGAGUGUGGUCCCUAGAGACACCUGUAUAUAGUCUAGAAGGACUGGUAGAGAGAACCUUCAGACAGAGGAUGAAACCUUAAAUGGGUGUGUGGAGCUGAAGCAUCUACUGUCUUGCCUUGCAUCUGGGUCUUCUUAAUUGUUUAUGUUACCGGAGAGAAUCCAUUUAUUUUACUUGUACCGAGGAUUACUAAGGAAUUUGGGAGGAGGGGGGGGGUAAUGAAGCAAGAUAUGAUGAUGGCGGCGGGUGUUUUUUGGUGAUAAUAGCAGCAGGCAAGCUGGUUGGUGGCAAGUCAACUUGGAGGCUGUUUUGUGGAGUGAAAUGUUGGUGGUGGGUAAACUAGUGGCUAUUUGGUUGGUUGGGAUGGUGAACACUGGGCAGGCAGGUUGGUGGAGUGAGUGGAGACGUUGUCAGUGGGCAAAUUGACGGCUGGUUAUAAAGCAAGUUGGAUGCAGUGGUAGGCAGGCUGGUGAAGAGUAGAAAGAGUAGCAGUAGGUAGCUACUAUGGAUGGUGCUGGACAGACUGGCUGGUUACUGGUCCUGGAAUUUUAUAUUAACUUCUCUGUUUUCAAAGAAAACAAUUCAAGUACUGUUGUGAUAUCACACACCACCAACAAGAGGGGACAAAAUUUCAAGCUUGCCAAUAAUCAUGCAGGAAGAACAUAAUAGGGUAGCAGCUAAGUUCCAAAUAUGAGACAAAUUGUUCAUUUUAUGAUAAAAGUACCACAUUUGGCACAAGCUCAGUCCAAAACAUUCUGAACAUUUGGAUAUUGGGCCAUUACAUAUUUUCAACCUGAUGGCCAUAUUGCCAAAGAACAAAAUGGCCACCAGCAGAACCAUUGAUUUCUAAAUGCACUGAAGUCUAAGGGGCCCAGUAAGCAAAGUCAUAGUCCUACAACUUUUAGGAGUCAUCUUUUCUUUAGCAUGAUAUACUGAAUGGUAUGAUCAAUCCAAGAAGUACAGCAAAUUAAGUACGGUAUUUUGCAAAUUAAACAAUUGGAUACAAGUACUAGGUAUGCAAAUGCAGGAUACAAAUGUAUAACCCUCACGGACCAUGAAUGUUGGUGGUUCUAGUUUUUCAAAAACAGUUUUUUGCCUCACUACUCCACUACUGCCACCAGCAUCAAGCAGCCAGUGGGGUCACAAUGCUCAAAAAGGAAAACGUGAAACAUUAGUCAGAAUACUGCUGGUUGGAGAGCACACAACAGGUGAUUGAGGGCACCAAAGAAAAAAUGGUCAAUAUUUCCUGGCUUGCAUUCCAUGAAAGCCAGUUGACAGAUCCAGCAGAAUCUUACCAUCAACCAUGGAGCCCUGCUUCCUCUCUUCCCUUUUGAUAUUCCUAGAGUCACCCCUGAGAGCAAGUAUGGGCAUACAUGGUCAACACGUGGGAAUACUACAGAGCUGGUGCAUGACCUUGUGGCAUCCAUGCCAAACAAGCUACAGGGCAGUUGGACUAGCUACAGAUUUAUUAUUUUGAUGAUAUGUGUUAUGCAUAAUUUAUGUAAUCUAAAGAAUAAAUUGAAUCAUUAUUUUAUUUUUUACCAAAAAUUUAUCUACAAAGAUAUUGAGGGUACGGUUUAUAAUAUUAAGUAGGCCAAAUUUAUGGUUACCUAUAUGAGUAUAACUAUGUACUUCAAUAAUAAAAUGUGGUCAUGCUA